CUUUGAAAUGCAUAUUACCAAUUCUGAAAUUAUUGAAGAAGUUGAAAGCUUAGUAGAAAAAGAAAUAAGGCAUUCAAUUAAAGACAUUUUAAAUUUUAUUAUACCAUCUAUGAUUAAUAAAGAAAAUUAUAGUACAUUGCAAGUCGAAUUAGCUCUAUUAAUAGAUGAAUUACAUGAGAUUAAAACUGGAUUUAUUGAUCAAAAUAAAUAUAAAUGGAAAAUUGAAUUAUAUAUUUCAGCAGACUGA